ACGUUGGCAGGACGUGGCAGGACACAGGCGAGGAAGUAAUUAACUACCUCUCAGAAAUCAGUUAAAAUUACCGUAAUUUCAGUUGCAUUGUAUCAGUAUUGUGUUGAUUAUUUUAAGAGUGCUUCUGCUUCGCUAUGGGACUUACAAUCUCAUCACUUUUCGGUCGGCUUUUUGGCAAAAAACAGAUGAGGAUACUUAUGGUGGGUCUGGACGCAGCCGGGAAAACAACGAUAUUGUACAAGCUGAAACUCGGAGAAAUCGUCACCACCAUUCCAACCAUUGGUUUUAAUGUGGAGACUGUAGAAUACAAGAACAUCUGCUUUACUGUGUGGGAUGUGGGUGGUCAGGAUAAGAUUCGUCCACUCUGGAGACACUACUUCCAGAACACACAGGGGCUGAUCUUUGUGGUGGACAGUAAUGACAGAGAGAGAGUGGCUGAGUCUGCAGAGGAGCUCUCCAAAAUGUUGCAGGAGGAUGAGCUGAGAGACGCCGUGUUGUUGGUUUUUGCCAACAAACAGGAUCUGCCCAACGCCAUGGCCGUUAGUGAACUGACAGACAAACUGGGCCUACAGAGUCUCCGCAGCAGAACGUGGUAUGUUCAGGCAACCUGUGCCACACAGGGAACUGGUCUCUAUGAAGGACUGGACUGGUUAUCCAAUGAGCUGUCUAAACGCUAGUGCCUUCAGACAGACGCAGAGUGUCAGCACCCCAGAGAGAGAGAGAGAGAGAUGCCAUCUGUGGACUUUGUUGUGAAGUGUGUGUGUGUGUGUGAGAGUGUGUGUGUGAGGGAACUGAAGGCUGCUGAGAACCCAUUCUGCAGUCAGAACUUGUCAUCAUGUCUUUGCUUUUUUCUUUUUCUUUUCUACGCAAUAUUCCUCUGAUUCUUACUGGUUUUCCCCUCUGUCUGUGAAGAUCAUUGUGCUUUUUAUCGCAUGUUUCGACUGCUGUGAGGUUGUCAUGGAAACGCAGGGCCGGGAGGUGGCGGCUGCACUGGACCCUCUCAGUCGGAGUUUUGCAGCCGUGCUCCAUGUGCUGCAUUUUAAAUCUUUUUUCAUUGGAAUUUGAUAUGAACAAAUGAAAUGAAAUGGGGGGGGGGGGGGGCAGGAUUGCUCACGUUGUGAUGUUUGUAAAAGUCAAUGUUUGAGAUGUUGUCAGGUUGGGGCCUGCUGUUUUUUGCUCUAGCCAGCGAAUAAAUCGUUACCCCUGUUUCUAGUGUCCUCAGCAGGCUAGCAGUUCUGCAGUGGAUUCCGGAGCCCAGGGAAAACUGUGUUGUAUAUGGUUGGUAGGCUAGAAGGCUAACUCAGUGAUGUGCCCCCCCCCGAAUGGGCAGGUAUGUAAACAGACUGACAAUUUUUUUCCCUUAAAGAACUGAUAAGCUUGUAGUCUUUCUGACUGUGGGCUCCGUUUGUUCCAGCUCAAACCCAGUGUAGACUGGUCUUACUGGGAAUGUGUUUGAAACAAACCUGUCUGUAACUUGGUAUAUGGGGUGUGUUCAGAACCCUCAGGACCAGUAGCGUUGCCGUAGUGCAGGAGAUGUGGCAGGUCUCUGAGAGAGCGCCCCCUAUUGGACAAAAUACUGUCACAGGCAGAGUCUCACUCGCUUAGCUUUUAAUGAAUCACAUAGAGAGAGAGAGAGAGAGAAUAUACUGUCUUUUUUCCCCACUGGAAAGAAAGCUAGUGCCUAGCAAUUUUGCCCUUUGUAACACAGUACUUGUUGAAUGGAGAGAUCCAGGCUCACUCCUCUGUCUGCCCCGUACCUCUGAAAACCCGUUAAAACCUGGCAGAGACUGUAGAGGGUCCUCCCACCUGCUCACAGGGCUCUGGAGCUCUGACUUACGCUCACAGCAGCUCUCUGUGAUGAUGUCAUGUAAUGGUAAACCAAUCAGAACUCAGCUUGGUAUUGAUGGGCCAAUACAAUGCAAUAAUACAGAGUAUGUUUGAUGUACCACA